UGCAGCUUGUUUAGUCAGUUUAUAUUUUGAUGGACGAUGAUAGUAGAUACGGAUAAAAUGUCUGCUCCUUCGUCAAGGGAGCGUGCCCAACGCCUUUAUGAUAAGAACCUUGAAUUGGAAAGCAAGCGGCGGAGAUCAGCCCAGGCUCAGGUCCCGUCAGAUCCAAAUACAUGGCCACAGAUGCGUGAGAACUAUGAAGCAAUAAUUCUUGAGGACCAUGCUUUCGCUGAGCAGCACAAUAUUGAGUAUGCGCUAUGGCAGUUGCAUUAUAAGCGGAUUGAGGAAUUGAGGUCAUACUUUAGUGCUGCUCUUGCUUCUGGCUCAAAAUCAACUGGGAAAGGUCCAGCGCGGCCUGAUCGGAUAAAUAAAAUUAGGCUGCAAUUCAAGGCUUUCCUUUCUGAAGCAUCAGGAUUUUACCAUGAUCUUAUUAUGAAAAUAAGAGCAAAGUAUGGUCUUCCUUUAGGGUACUUUGAGGGUUCAGAGAAUCGGGUUGUGAUGGAGAAAGAUGCAAAGAAAUCUGCCGAGAUGAAGAAAGGUUUAGUAUCAUGUCAUCGUUGUUUGAUAUACUUGGGUGAUCUUGCUCGUUACAAAGGACUGUAUGGCGAAGGCGACUCAGUGAAGCGAGAGUUUGCAGCAGCUGCUAGUUACUAUUUACAAGCUGCUUCUCUAUGGCCUUCAAGUGGAAAUCCCCAUCAUCAGCUUGCCUUAUUGGCUUCAUAUUCUGGGGAUGAGCUGGCAGCUGCUUAUCGAUACUUUAGGAGUCUGGCUGUGGAGAGUCCAUUUUCAACAGCCAGAGAUAAUUUGAUUGUUGCAUUUGAGAAGAAUCGUCAAAGUUUCUCUCAGCUUUAUGGAGAUGUCAAAGCUCUUGCAGUCAAGGAUAGUCCUGGGCAGUUGACUGGAAAAGGAAGAGGAAAAGCAGAAGGGAAACUUGCAACAAGGGGUAAUGAUGCAGAAGCUUGUCCCAAAAAGGAAGGAACAUCUAGUAUACAAGAGACAUACAAAUCCUUCAGCACUUGCUUUGUCCGUCUAAAUGGAAUAUUAUUCACUCGAACAAGCCUUGAGACCUUCACCGAAGUUCUCUCUCUUGUUAGCACUGGCCUGUGUGAUCUUCUGCCAACAGGGCAGGAGGAGGAGCUGAAUUUUGGCACAGACACUCUUGAGAAUGGACUUGCCAUUGUCAGGAUUGUUUCCAUUAUUAUAUUUACAGUUCAUAAUGUGAAUAAGGAAUCUGAAGGGCAAACUUAUGCUGAAAUUGUACAGCGUGCUGUUCUACUUCAGAAUGCAUUUACUGCAGCUUUUAAAUUGAUGAGUUUCAUGUUAGAGAGAUGUGCACAGCUGUAUGAUCCUUCUCGUAGUUAUCUUUUACCUGGCAUUAUGGUUUUUGUUGAGUGGUUGGCAUGCUAUCCCGAUCUUGCUGCAGGCAAUGAUGUGGACGAGAAUCAGGCAAUUGUUAGAUCAAAAUUUUGGAAUCAUUGGAUAUCCUUGUUAAAUAAACUGCUUUCAGUUGGGGCUAUGUGUAUUGAAGACAAUGAAGAAGAGACUUGCUUUAAUAACAUGAGUAGGUAUGAAGAAGGGGAGACUGAAAACCGGCUUGCUUUGUCGGAGGACUUUGAGUUAAGAGGGUUUGUCCCACUUCUUCCUGCACAAACCAUCUUGGAUUUUUCCAGGAAGCUUUCCUUUGGAAAUGAUGGUGAGAAGGAAAGAAAAGCUAGGGUCAAAAGGAUUAUAGCUGCAGGAAAGGCCUUAGCCAAUGUUGUUAGGAUCGAUCAGAAAAUGAUAUAUUUUGACCAGAAGGGAAAGAAAUUUACAGUUGGUGUUGAGCCCCAAAUCUCAGAUGAUCUUGUUCUGCCCUCUGGUUCUGGCAUUUCUGGUGCUGAAGAAUUGUUGAAGGAAGAUACAACAGACAAAAAGGUGGGAACUGUACUACCUGACCAACACCAGCAUGUUGAAGGAGAGGAUGAUGAUGAAGUUAUUGUUUUUAAACCUAUAGUAGCUGAAAAACGAAAUGAUCCAGUAGCUGUAUCAUCAAGGGUGCCCCCUGAAAACUCAAUAGCUUCUGGAGAGCAUAUUAAAUUUCAUGUCAAUUCUGCUUUGAACUCCGUCAAUCAUAUGAACCAUCAACCAUCUUUGCAUGCUUCUGUUAGUGGUCCAGUUCCCCAACACCUGCAACCAGUUCAGCCACACUCUUCAAGAUGGUUAGAGGAGGUUUCUCUUGCAAACAGUUUAAAGGGUCUUCGAUUCUUUGAGAAUGGGCAUGCGAUGAAACCUGACCUGGCACUGCAAGAUUCAGGGGCAUUCUCUAACCAUACUGCACAUUCUGUCCCUAUCCAGCAAGCUGUUGCUCCUGAUGCGAGUGUACUUUAUGGUCUCUCCAAAGCUCAAGACUUUGUUAUAUCAUCCAAAGCUGAUGCUAUUGCAGCCUCUGUGUUUACUACCGAUAACUCUGUUCUGAAGACAUCAUCAGCUCUGCAAGCUGGCUCUAGAAAAUCUCCGGUUAGCAGACCUUCUAGGCAUCUUGGACCUCCACCUGGUUUUAGUCAAGCUCCUCUUAAACAGGGUAUUGAACCUGUUAGUUCAGAUUUAAUUAAUGGGAAUCCACUUUUGGAUGAUUAUAGUUGGUUGGAUGGAUAUCAGCUGCCUUCAGCAACCAAAGGUUUAAGUGCCAAUGGUUCUCUUGGUUACCCCGUGUCAAAUCCUCUUCAAGGCAGUAACAACGGCUUGAAUGGGAUAGUAAGCUUUCCCUUCCCUGGCAAACAAGUUCCAUCUGCACAGGUGGAAAAACAGAAUGGCUGGCAAGACUAUCAGACAUCUAACCUUUUGAAAACACACCAUGAUCAGCAGCUGCUACUGCAACAGCAGCAGCUUUUGCUGCAGCAACAGCAGCAGCAGCAGCUCGCAUCAGGAAAUCAGCCGUUCACAUCAUUGCCCGAGCAAUUUCAAGGACAGUCAAUCUGGACAGGUCGUUACUUUGUGUGAUGUGCCAGUAUACAAAUAUUGACGGAAUAUUAUGGAUGUGCUGUGCAUUCCUUUUGCUUCCCAUUCAAACUCCAGAUAUGCUGCCUUGUCAUUGAAUGUUAUUGGGAGUUUAUUUGGAUAGACUCGGUGCUGGAACUUGCUACUACAACAGAUUUUGAUAAGCUCAUCAGUGCAGAUGAGGGAGGAUAAGCAAGCAUCUUUACUGUUCAAAGUUGUUAAGUAAACACCUUGUCUGGUUGGGUGGAUAGAAGGUGAUAAAUAAAAGAUUAUCCAUUCGUCUUGAAGCUUGUAUCUUCUGGGAUUGGUGGUAUGACAAUGGUUUGUUCGCUUCUCUAGUGGGAAAGUCAUAAAUGGUGCACCGGUAAGAAUCCACCAUCAUCUAGCGACCCUGUUAUACACAGUGCUCUUCAAUUCUCUGGCACUUGCUUUUCUACUUGGAAGCUUCAGACUAGCUGGGAAAGUUGGUAGGUGUGAAGUGGUUUUCUGAAGUCGGAUAUUUUGGGUUUUAUAAAUAAUAAUGACUUUGUGGGUCACAGCUGAGUUUAAGUACUUCUGUUUCAGUGUUUCAGUGGUUUCAUAUUUGUUAAGGUUCUAAUAAUGUGUUAUUGUAUAUGACCAUUGACUCUACGGUUUCAUUGUCUCCGUCUUUUUGUUCUCUAAGUCGAGGAUAACUCGAACUUUAUAAAAUAAAUAUUCCCUUUGGAUUUUUAUGGAUA